AUGUUAUAUCAAAUAGUAUAUAAGCUUAAAGAUGAUGAAGCAAAAACAAUUCCAUUCGCAGCAAUCCAGAGGCAGCACCGUAGUAAUACGGCACCAACACAAUUGACCGCAUGGGGGGGUCGAUGCAAGGGCAGCACCCUAGCUCCUAGAAUUGUUACGGACUACCGGUUUCAUAACCUUUCUUUGCCCUUCAACUAUGCUCGCGGUAGGUGUCACGUUGCAGCUAACAAAAUAGCCACGCCGUCAAGUCCGUUCUUCAUCUGGCAUCUCACAAUCCCAUUCGCAGCAAUCCAGAGGCAGCACCGUAAUAAUAUGGCACCAACACAAUUGACUGCAUGGGGGGGUCGAUGCAAGGGCAGCACUCUAGCUCCUGGGAUUGUUACGGACUACCGGUUUCAUAACCUUUCUUUGCCCUUCAACUAUGCUCGCGGUAGGUGUCACGUUGCAGCUAAUAAAAUAGCCACGCCGUCAAGUCCGAUUUUGGCGAUGCCAAUAGCUUAG